AUGUCGCUAGAAUGGGAAAAUGUGACAAAAGAUCUCCAUCCAUGGCUAAGGGAUGCUGUUGAAACUCUCGGGUUUUCCCUGAUGACUCCCGUUCAAGCCUCUACCAUUCCUCUUCUCAGUGGAAAUAAGGACGUUGUGGUACAGUCAGUCACAGGUUCGGGAAAGACAUUGGCGUUUGUGAUUCCGGUUUUGCAACAUGUGUCACGUAUCUUAUAUGGUAUUCCAGAGAAGGAUGUCGAGCCCACAUCUUUGAAAAAGAGCACAUUAUGUUCCGUGGUAUUAUCGCCAACUAGAGAAUUGGCCUUCCAGAUAAAGGCCGUCUUCGACCAGCUUAUCACGAAUAUUCCUGAUUCCCUAAGCAGCAUCAAAACACAACUUGUUGUGGGCUCGCUUAACAGUACCAGGGAGGAUAUUGAUAGCUUUAAUCAAGCAAAACCUCACAUCGUGAUUGGCACUCCAGGAAGAGUGUUGGAUUUCCUAUCAACUCCCAAAAUCUCUGCAGUUCAUGUCGAGGUUGUUAUACUCGACGAGGCUGAUAGACUACUCGACCAGUCUUUCGAGACUGAUGCUGGGCUUGAAAAUGUCAAAUUCUACUCAUUGUUUGGUCAGUUAUCGACCACAGCUCGCCUUCGAACACUCAAAGCUUUUACCGAUGGUGACUCUAUGAGUAAAAAGCAUGUUUUGUUGACAACGGAUGUUGCAGCGAGGGGAAUUGAUAUUCAAGAUGUUGACCUUGUUAUUCAACUUGAUCCUCCUAAUGAUCCCGAUGUUUUCUUGCACAGAGCAGGAAGAACGGGAAGAGCAAAUAAAGUGGGCAAUUCCAUCGUUUUCCUUAAUGACGGUGGAAACGAGAUAAAUUAUGUUGAUUUCAUGGAGAAUACUAUGCCCAUCGAUGGAUGGCUCACCGACAUUCCUUUGGACAUGGACAAAUAUGCAUACGCUGAUGCUGCCAAAGAGAAGUCCAGACUUGAGUCUUUGGAGGAGAAUAAACAGAAAAUGAUAAAGGACGCAAAAGAAAGGAAGCGCCUUUCCAAGCAGAAUAAGUCCUGGUCGUCCAAGCUCGACUCCAAGGAACUAAAGUCGGAAAGAAAUGAGCGUCUCAAACGAAAACGAGAAGAAAUUGAAAAGCAAUUAUUGGAGGAGCCCUCAGAUGAAGAAGAGCUCGCCGUUGAUUGGAAGGACAUAGAGAAUUUGAUGAUUUAUAAUUUCAUGGUUUCCAUUUCUCACUUAUGGUGUUAA